UCUUCUUUCUGGGUAACCCUUGCGCCAGACUCUUGGGUUCCUCUGUUUUUUCUGCGCCAAGAGAAGGCGAGACUGGGGGCUUGGAGGGACUUGGCCAACACAACCCACGCCAGAGCCAAUCCCUGGCUGGGAAGUGGAAGUGGGUGUGGCGACGGAGAGGGGCGUGGCUUGACAGCUUCAGCGACCCGUCUGGACCAAUCCCGACCCGGGCGGCGAAGCUCACUCCCCUACCUGGGCCAGGUGCGCCAGGCUCGGCGUCUCUCCUUUGCUCUGCGCGUCGCAUGGAGGGCUCCGGGGAGGGGUCGGGGGGAGACCAAACCCGGACUCAGUUCCCAAUGGAGCCCUUGGAAAGCCAGGUCCCGAAGCUGGAGCCGAAGCAGGUUCUCGCGGAGGAAAGACAGCCUGAGAGUCCUGGGAGCAGCCCGAGUCUGGCUUCCGCCGUGAAGGAAGCGGCGGGCGCGAGCCAGGACCUGUCUAGCGGGAAGAAGCUGCCCUCGCCUCGCCCGGCGCCCCUGAAGUUGCUGCCACUCAGCCUGGGCUACGGCGCCUUCCGCCGCCAAGCGUCGUCCGGCUCGGAGCCGCCGUCGCCCGGCCCCGCUGCGACCGAACAGUCCCGGGACGGCGAGACACCGGGGGCCGAACUGGCGCCUAGGGCCACGCCGGGUGAGCCGGCUCCAGGCUCCUGGGCCCCCAUGGAACUGCAGGUGGACGUGCGCGUGAAGCCCGUGGGCGCGGCUGGCGGCAGCCGCGCGCCCUCGCCAGCGCCCUCCACGCGCUUCCUCACCGUCCCUGUGCCGGAGUCCCCCGCCUUCUCCCGCCACGCCUCCCCAGCGCAACUGCUCCUGCGGCAGACCCCGUCCCCGGGCAGCACGUGGGGCCGUGGCGUGCCGCUGGCCGUAGGCCGGGCGGAGCGCGGUCUUGACGGAGAAGGCUGGGCCAGCCACCCCGAAGGGCGUGCGGAGUCCCCAGGCUCCCCGACCUGCCGCUGCCGCUGCAAGGAGGAUGCCGUGCUGCUGCCUCGCGCCGAGGUGGACGGCGAUAAGAAGCUGUCCCGGGUCAUAAAGCUCAUAGGGCUGCCCAUGUACAUGAAGUCGCUGCGAUGGGCCCUGGCAGUCAUGGCCCUGCUCCUGGCAUUGUCCGCGGUGGCCAUUGUGGCCCUGGCUUCCAAAGCAGGAGCCAGAUGCCGGCCCUGCCCUCCAGGCUGGGUGUGGUCCGAUGACCACUGCUACUACUUCUCUGCCGAAUUGCAGGCCUGGGAGGCCAGCCGGGCCUUCUGCUCAGCCCACCAUGCCACUCUUCCCCUGCUGAACCAUACCCAGGGCUUCCUGAGCAGAUACCCAGUCACCAAGUACUCCUGGGUAGGGGCCCGGCGAGGGCCCCGGGGCUGGCACUGGAUCGAUGGGACCCCCCUGCUGCCCCAGCUGCUCCCGGAGGAAAACCAGGAUGAGCCGGAUCUUGACUGCGGGGGCCUGGAGGGAGGCAAGCUGGUGGCUUCAGGCUGUGACUCCCCCAGGCCCUGGGUCUGUGCCAAGGGGACCAAGUGACUUGGGUUCUGCCCCCGCUGAGCCGGUUGGGGGCACCAGCCCCCAGGGGAGACCAGAUCAAGAGCUGGAGCAGCCUGUUCCCCGGACCCAGGCCCCCAGGCCUCCCCGCUCUGCUCAGCGGCCCUGCCUCAGCCAACCAGGGAGCAGACUCCGGGCGCAGGAAAAUCACAUCUGCGGCGAAGGAGGCUGGCUGCGGCUGGGUACCCACCGGGUCUCCAGCUGCCCGGGCAGCGUUGUUCUGAGACCUUGGUUUUGGUUUUUGGGGGUUUUUUUGUUAGUUUUUAGCAUUCUGGGUCUCAGUCUCUCCCUCAUUGAAAAUGGCCAUUUUGAGGAGUUCCAUUGUGGCUCAGCAGUAAUGAAACCCAACUAGGAUCCAUGAAGAUACAGGUUUGAUCCCUGGCGUCGCUCAGUGGGUUAAGGAUCUGGCGUGGCCAUGAGCUGU